AUGAUAAAAUCUGGUAUUCUUGAUUUAAUGAAAUAAAAUUUUGAAGUACAUGCGUGUCUAUUUAGAUUAUUCAAAUUAGAAUUUUGUUAUAACAAAAAUAUGUUCAUUUUAUUCAAAAAGAUAUUAAAAGAAUAAAUAAAUACAGAAUUUCAAGUCUUCUUCCUAAAACUUCCAAGAAUAAGAUAAAAUGUAAGCAUGUACUAUAACCUAACCUGCAAAACUGUUUGAUACGUCAAGAACGCCUUUAGCCCUCCAACAUCCUAAAAGAACACCAACAACUCUUUUUUGAUUGCCAAUUUUUCCCAUACGAUUAAAAUGGUCCACCACACUUAAUAAAACUAAAGGGUGCACCACUACUUUCGUAGUUACAACCUCUUGACUCGGCAUUUUUGAGCAAUUUCUUCGACUUUGCUUAGUGAAUGUAGUCACAAUAGAAAUAACAUCCAAGUCAUUCACUGUACAUUUACAAAAGACCCUUUUACACCAGAAGUAAACACUAGAAGAACCACUUUUAGGAAAAUGUAUUAAUUAUGCCUUUAUAAGAAAUUAAAUUAUAAUUAUUUUUCAAAAUCAAAAUAUAAUAAUAAUUGUAGUAAAAAGAAACUAGUUGCGUGAUAAUCUAAAAUCAAUUUAAGGUUAAUUAAAGAAUAUGCAAUUUUUCUAUAAUAUUUUCAAUUUGUAUUUUUCGAACGAGAUAACACUAGGCAAAUAAAAUUUUUAUAAAAUUUAUGUUCUCUAGAAAAUUAUAAAAAUAUUUUUAUAGUUAAUAUAAGACGAGAAAUUAUAGUUAGCAGCACUGUUGAGAAAACAUUGAUUCGCACGUGUUUUAUUCGGGUCUCAAUUACUGUAAGGUGGUAAUAAUUGUGAAGGUAAGUAGUAAUUGUUUAAAGAAUGUGACAAAUACGAUAUUGAUUAAAAUAAUAUAUAUCUAUGUAUUUAUUCUUUAAUAACAAUCUAAUUCAAUUUAUUCGACGAAAAGACCAAUGUAUUUCAUGUUUUCUCUAUACAUGCAUAUUUCUGUGGACAUGUUUACCAACUGAAGAAAUCAAAAAUGGCGCGAAAUUAUUUCAUUUCUAUAUAAGAUAUUUUUUUAUAGAAUGUCGAAACCAGUAGUCUUCGUAACUGGAAAUGCAAAAAAACUGGAGGAAUUUGUAGCUAUCCUGGGAAAUAAUUUUUCACGAGAAAUUACAAGUAAAAAGAUCGAUCUUCCGGAAUAUCAGGGAGAGAUAGAUGAUAUUUGCAGAAGUAAAUGUCGAGCAGCGGCAGAUCUAAUAAAAGGUCCUGUUAUUAUUGAAGAUACAUGUUUAUGUUUUAAUGCAAUGAAAGGUUUACCUGGACCUUAUAUUAAAUGGUUCUUAGAUAAAUUGGGACCUGAAGGCUUAUACCAAAUGCUUCAUGGUUGGGAAGAUAAAAGUGCGGAAGCGGUUUGCACUUUUGCCUAUUGCGCCGGAGAACCGAAAGAUUCGGUGUUACUAUUUCAAGGUAGAACCCAAGGAACUAUCGUGAGCCCUCGAGGUCCGCGAGAUUUUGGUUGGGAUCCAUGUUUCCAACCUUUAGGUGGAGAUAAAACUUAUGCAGAAUUACCGAAAGAAAUGAAGAAUCAAAUUUCACAUCGCAGCAAAGCAGUAGAAAAACUGAAAGAAUAUUUUAUGAAAGAUGUUCAGUAUUAAAUCAAUAAGAAUUAUUUUUUCUAAAAGUAUGAUAUUCAUUAAAUUUUAUAAUUAUUAUAUUAUAUGUAGAAUUGAAAAAUAUAUUUUAAUUGCUUUUUAA